GCUGCUGUUGUUAGAAAAUGUUUGGAGCCAGGUCUAAAUCUUUAAUUAGUGUAAAUUCAACGGUAGAAGAACUGAUGAAGUUGUUUGUUUAUCCAGGAUAUUCUCUGGAUGUGUGCAGCUAUCCUAAUGUUAUAUGUUCUGGAUGUCAGAGAAAUCUCUACCUACUAAAGGCUGGAAAACCUCCUCGAGGUUCAUGGGGAGAAAAGAUUGCCAAAAUUGAAUGGAGGAUGAUGACAAGAACAGCUUCAUCUUCAACAAUUCAAACCGAGGAAGUUCCUAAUAUAUCAAACUCAAGUAUGUCUUCCAAAUUAUGUAGUAUAUGCUUUUCAACUAUUGCAAAAGGAUAUUUACACAACUGCUCUUCUUUAUUUGCAGUAGAGAACCUGAUCUUAUUAGCAUUAAGUCUAGGAAAUUUGCAAGCAGAGCAAGUUGCAUCUGGUAUAAUAAAAGCAAAAAUGGAGACUGACAAAAUUGCAAAAGGGGAACAAUUUAUUUUGUCUUCUGGCGGAAACCCAUUGAUGAUUACAGUUGGAUGUCCUGAUAACAAAGCAAAUAGAAGGUACAUAUAUACUGUUGAGUACAUAUUUAUCAAAUGAUAAGAUAUUAAUAUUUUGUUCAUUUAUACCUAGGUCAGUUAAACAAGUAUCUCUUUAGAUGAUUAAAGAACUUCAAAUAGUGUUAGAACUUUUCCUUAAUAAAACGGGGCUAUUGAUAUCUACUCUUCGAAAAGGAAUAGGAAGUAAG